AUGCCAUUCAACACCGCCAUCCGUACAGCGCUCAAGGGCCCAUCCGUGGCCUGGGGCUUCUGGCUCACGCUCCCCAGCGCCGCCGUUGCCAAAACUAUUCUGCACAGACCGUCCACGUCCCCCGCUGACCGGUUCAGUUGGGUCCUCGUCGAUGCCGAGCACGGACUGAUCUCGGACUCGAAUUACUAUGAGCUCAACAACGCCGUCGGUGCCGAACGCGCAAGCCCCAUCAUCCGCGUUCCCUGGGGUGAGGAGUGGAUGAUUAAGCGCGCCCUCGACGCAGGCGCUCACGGCAUCAUGACACCCAUGUGCCAUUCCGAGGCUGAUGCGGCCAAGAUUGUCAGUUACGCCAAGUACCCGCCUCUCGGCACGCGUGGGUACGGGCCCAUGUUUGCGACGCACUCUUUCCCGGAGGUCAUGCCCGGAAGUGACCAUGAUGACAACGCAAAUGAUGGGGUUUUGGUGGUUGUACAGAUUGAGUCGCGGUCUGGUGUUGAGAAUGUGGAGAAGAUUGCCAAGGUUGAUGGGAUUGAUGUGCUUUUCAUUGGUCCAUUCGACCUCGCCAAGCAAAUGGGCGUCCAGCGUGGCGGUGAAGAACAUGAAGCUGCCAUCCUGCGCACUUUGGCCGCUGCUAACGCGGCAGGUAAGAAGGCUGCCAUCUUCUGUACAAAUGGCGAAGAUGCCCGGGUCCGCGCUGAGCAGGGUUUCCACAUGAUCUCUGUCAACACGGACGUUGGUGUCAUUGGUGAUGGAAUGCAGAAGGAACUGGCGACAGCUAGGGGCGCUGCUGCGGCGGGCAAAAGAGAGGGAUAUUAA